GUUGUCCUGAACGCGCCGGUGGUUCAGGGCGCUUCUAGCUCCACGGGGGACGCGGCUCACCGUCACUGUCGGACCACGCCGCAGACCACCAGGGUACCGGGUUCCGGUCCUGUCAUUUGCUUUGAUAGAAGCGUAAAGAAGACAUUGCUGCAUUUGUGCAACUCGUCGUCUUUAGUGCUUGUUUAUUUCCCCGGUGAUAAGGUGCGGUUCACCACAUGUUGCUGUGGCUCCAGACUCCCUCUGCAGGUGGACGAUGUCCGUGGCUGCCCUGCGCAUGAUCCGCUGUCGGAGGCUCAGCACCACAGGAUCGGGGGCCAGGAGAGUUCUGCCAUGGAAGCACAUGAAGAAGAUUGCUAAAGUGACAAGUGCAGUGGUACUGGGAGGCUGUGUCUUCAUCACGUAUGAGAUGCUGGCGCUGGACAAGGCCUUGACCCUCGACACGCAGGCCGCCCAGCAGGAGAGAUACCAGUCCUUCAUUUACCUGAAGACCAACCCCUCCAACGAGCGGGAGAGCACUGCGAAAGAGAUCACCCAGAAAACGAGGAAAGAGCUUCAUAAAGUAGCCAGGAAGUUCAUGGAGAUCUCUUCCAGGAUCUUGCUGCAACCACUAGAUGAGCACUUCAGCCACCUGGACGUGGACCCCCACGAGGUGGCCCUGUGGGUCCUGCUGAAGAGGACGCGGUCCGACUCCCAGGACGUGAGGCUCCACGCGGUCCAGGAGCUGGCGGAGAACCACCACUGGCACGACUACCAAUACCAGACGGCCGCCCAGGUCCUGGACCAGCGCGCGGCCGUGGGAUUGGCCCGGACCCCCCAGGUGGACCGGCGCUUCUUCCUGUCCCCGCCGACGCUGCCAGACAAGGAGGAUGGCGUCUCCGUGGAGGACGAGCUGAGGCAGCUGCUGGCCUCCCUCCCCCAGUCUGAGGUGGACCAGUGUGUCCAGUACUUCACCUCUCUCGCCCUGCGAGAGAGCAGCCAGUCGCUGGCGGCCCAGCGGGGCGGUCUGUGGUGCUUCGGCGGUAACGGGCUCCCCUACGCCCAGAGCCUCACCUCCGUCCCCUCGGAGAAGGUGGAGUCCUUCUGUCUGCAGGCCCUGGUGCAGCACUCGAAGGUCCAGAGCCACUGCGACCACAUCGUGGCCCACGGCGGCCUUCAGCUCCUGCAGAGGGUCUUCCAGCUCCGCAAGGACUCCCUGAAGAUCCAGAGGAACGUCGUGAGGAUCGUGGGGAACCUGGCGCUGAACGAGUGCGUGCACCAGGCCAUCGUCCAGUCCGGCUGGGUGCCGGUGCUGGCCGAGAUGAUGCAGUCGCCUCACGUGAUGCAGGCGGCGCACGCGGCCCGCGCCCUGGCCAACCUGGACCGGGAGACGGUGACGGAGAAGUACCAGGACGGCGUCUACAUCCUCCACCCGCAGGCGCGCAGCGACCAGCCAAUCAAAGCGGACGUGCUGUUCGUCCACGGGCUCCUGGGGGCGGCGUUCAAGACGUGGCGACAGAAGGACUGCGACGGCUCCAAGGAGGAAGCAGGAAGUAGGGAGGACUACACCGAGUGCUGGCCUCAGUCGUGGCUGGCCGCAGACUGUCCAAACCUCCGGGUGCUGUCGGUGGAGUACGACUCCCACCUCAGCGACUGGAGGGCCAAAUGCCCCGCGGAGAACCAGAGGAAGUCGCUGGCCUCCAGGAGUCGAGAGCUGCUGAAGAAGCUGAAGUCUGCCGGCGUGGGGGAGAGGCCGGUGGUGUGGGUGGCCCACAGCAUGGGAGGCCUGCUGGUGAAGAAGAUGCUCCUGGAUGCGGCGGAGGACCCUGAGAUGCAGGGUCUGCUGAGGAACACCAAGGGCAUCGUGUUCUACAGCGUGCCGCACCGAGGCACCUACAUGGCCGAGUACUCGGUCAGCGUGCGCUACCUGCUCUUCCCCUCCGUGGAGGUGCGGGAGCUCUGUAAAGACUCGCCGGCCCUCUGUGACCUCAACGAGAACUUCCUGACCAUGGCCAGGGAGCGGGAGUACAAGGUGCUGAGCUUCGCCGAGACGAUGCCCACCACCAUCGGCCCCAUGAUCAAGCUUCUGGUGGUGCCACCGCAGUCAGCUGACCUCGGCAUCGGGGACCUCAUCCAGGUGGACACGGACCACCUGAACAUCUGCAAGCCGGAGAGGAAGGACUCGUUCCUCUACAAGCGCAGCCUCCUGUUCAUCCAGGAGGCGCUGCACAAUUGCCUCAGCCACUGAUUCCCUGAAUCCACCGGUUCUCCCUGAAUCCACCCGUUCUCCCUGAAUCCACCGUACUUGAACCCCAACCACCCUACCAGUCCAAUGGAAACCUAACUGCCUCACUUUACUGCACAUUGUUAAGGAACCACGUCUGUGUUGACCGUUUGGAUAGGACGUAACGGUGUCUUCUGUGUAUUUAUUAAUUAACGUAACACUUUGUCACCUUUGUACUUUGCUUUCCCCCCCAUCUAUCAUAUUGACGCGCAACUACUCAAUCUUAAGUGUUUUUAUUGCAAUGUUUUCAAAGAUGAUUAUAGCUGUACAUAGCUAAAGAUAGUGAUAUAAUAUAGGUUUAUUUUUUUUGGUAUUUUUCUUUACAUUGGAUAGGUUAUCAUGAAGGAAGAUAUCACAUAAUCAAUUUUUUGUGGUAGACAAAGGAUGCACUUCAACAGUUCACGACAAGGAACAUAGCCUAACGGACACAUGCUUCCACACAAGUUUUUAUUUUUUAAAUAAUGUUUUGGAGUAUUACUGCUCUAUUGUGCCAAACGAUCGUUCCUACCCAGUCGUACCUCUGAAAUAUUUACAAUUAUUGUGAAUAGUGAUGAGGAAUAUUCCCCACUAUUCACAGAGCCUGAGGUGAAUAAUUGUUUUAGUAUAUACUACAAGUGAACACUCCAAAAAUAAACAAGAUAACACUUUUUGCCGGAUUUAUUUGUUUUAAUUAGCGGUUUAUUUGUUUUUAUUAGCGUGACGAGAAGACCGCAACAAUAUUCCGAGUUUGAGAUCACAAUCACGGGAUAUUGCCCAAUAUCCCGAGAUAGGGAACCAAUCAAAUUGCACCAUCUUAGGAGGUUCAUGUGGAGCAUAUAGUAAAUUAAUAAUCCUGAUUUUCUUUAUUACCUCAAAAUAAUGCCAGCUAUGCUGAUAACAAUUAGGGCACCAUCGACCAUGUGAGUAUCACAGUAAUUUACCAAUCUACAUAUCAAUAAUUUAGCUUCUAGUAACACACCUGAGCUAAUUGGAUCAACUGUAAAUAUGUACCUUGUAGCUGGUCGUGCUUUUAGCUAGUGUUUUUGGGCGAGAAAGUAGAGGCCUUUGACCAUAUUAGGUAGACA